GGCCGGCCAGCCCCGCGUUCCAUCGGGGGCGGGGUGGCCGCUCUCCCCCCAGCAGCAGCAAGGAGCAUGUCCUCGAGUAGGGCCAAGAAAGUGAAGAUGGCCACCAAGUCCUGCCCGGAGUGCGACCAGCAGGUUCCUGUUGCAUGCAAAUCGUGCCCUUGUGGCUACAUAUUUAUUAGCCGAAAGCUCUUGCAUGCCAAACGUGCUGAGAAAUCACCACCCACUGCAGAAAACAAGAGUGAGGCCAAAAGGAGACGAACAGAGAGAGUUAAGCGAGAGAAGAUAAAUUCUGCAGUAAAUAAAGACUUAGAAAACAGAAAAAGGUCCAGAUCUAACAGCCAUUCAGAUCAUAGCAGACGGGGACGAGGAAGACCUAAGAGUGCCUCAGCCAAAAAGCAUGAGGAAGAAAGAGAGAAACAAGAAAAAGAAGUUGACAUGUAUGCUAACCUUUCAGAUGAAAAGGCUUUCGUGUUUUCAGUGGCCUUGGCAGAAAUAAACAGAAAAAUUAUCAAUCAAAGACUUAUUCUCUAACUCAUCAGCACAAUCUGACUUAAAUGUAUGCAGUUUGGCUAGCAUAUUUCCAAGGUGUCAUGGACUCCCGGGAGGCAUAUUGUCUUCAUAAACCAGGACCAUUGCUUUUCCCUGUUAAAACUGUGCUGCUGUUUUGGAGCUCACAGACUUUUGUGUAUCUACACAUCAGCAAGAAGCAACGUUUUAGUUCUUUAUGCCUUGGAGUCUAAUGCUUGAUGAAUGCACAGAGAGAAUGCACCAUUUCCAGAGCACUUCGUUAGAUUUGCUGCCCAGAAAUGCAAUAUUUUAAAUACUUUCCGAAAGAAUGAUUUUCUUUUUAAAACUAAAUAUAUUUCAGAUUUUUCAACUAUAUUACAGUUUACAUAUGUAUAGUUCAUCUUAACCUUUUAAUAAAUUGAUAUUCUGAUAUUUUA